AUGGUGACAUCCAAGCGAUCAAGACCUCGCCGAUCCCAUGUGCUGGGAGGGUGCAGCACCUGCAGACGCCGGCAUGUCAAAUGUGACCAGAAACGGCCCGUUUGCCGUACAUGCCGUGCGCUAGGCGUGAAAUGUGAGGGAUAUUCAGAUCAGGUUCUGUGGAUGCGCACUGAUAGUGAGGAGCCUGAGAGCACUCAUGUACCUCGUGGGACUCGCCGUUAUCUUUAUUCAGAAAAAUCCAGACUCUCUAUGAGUACUGCGCUGGGGUCUGAUCUUGUAUUGGGGUCUAUUGAUGCGUCACUGGCAGAGGUCGACUCCAGGCUGCGAGACCCUGAACGGUCGCUCAAUAGUGACAUUGUCAUUGGACCCUUUGCGGUUCUUGAUUUCUCUUCAGCACCACAAAUUCCGGAGCAAAAAUUGGUGCGCGACAUUGAGCCCACCAAGUCUGAUAAUCCUGCAGUUGAGGCAUCUGACACUGUAGCGCCUGAGAAACUGCAAGAGCCUAGUGUCUCUCCAAUAUUCGAUUCCCUAUCUCAUAUUGAUGAUUUUCUCCACUGGUCCGAUCUAUUGAGCUUUGGUCCAGACCAGACGGAACUUGCAACAAACGGUGCCUUGAGUAUGCCGAAUGAUUUAUUAUUUGAUAUGAGCCAAGAGAUGGGGUUGCUACCCGUUGACUCAAACCACAGCGAUGAUCUACUGCAAUCUUUCACAACACAACAACCACCCCCAGCGGAGCUUAUUUCUGCUGAUAUAGAUGCUCUAAAAGAAGCUCCAGCUCUGCUUCGACACUUCCAGGAUGUUGUCAUCCCACACAUAAUGGCCAUUCCCUGUCGACAGAAGUCGCCCUGGAAGAUCUUGAACGUACCGGCAGCGGUGAUCACAUACAGUGAUUCGACCUUUCUUGGGACAGAAAGGGUCAGUCAGGCCAAGAUGGCAAAUUUGUAUGGCUUGCUCGCCUGCUCUGCUGUCCAUCUGGUUUUGAACCCUUCGACAACAUUCCAAAAUCCGCCUGAGUAUUGGUGGAAGGUUGCCAACCACGCAUAUCUGCAAGCCAGGGACCAUAUGCAAGCAUCCCUCCGUUCCGAAACUCAAGGCUUGAAGAAAGCAAAGUAUAAAGAUCAGCUGAUGGCUGUAUGCAUUCUCAUACAGUACACGAUUAUGUCCGGCCAACAACAACACGCUCGAUAUUUUAUGAUUGAUGCAGAGCGGCUACUACGUCUUCGGGGGCUUUCAAAGACCCGAAUUUCGAAAAAGGCACGACUUUUGCAUCAUGUCUACACUUGGCUUAGAAUAGUCGGUGAAAGUACGUUUGUUCUACAUGACUAUAAUAUCUCUUCCUCGUCUUUUGAAGCACUUGGUUCUCGAUUUCGAUCAAGGUGCACACCUAGUCUAGAAGAAGUGGGGAACAACGAGCCAAAUCCUCGACUGGACGAUUUCCUACGUCUCGAAACCCAAAACUCAGAUAGUGAUCUGAAUAUCGAUGAACCUAAGGACCAGACUUCGGGACUUUAUGACAUCCAUCUCCAAGACUCACGAAGUUAUCCUGAAACAUUAUACAAGCAAAUUUAUGGUAUCCCAGAAACUUGGCUCAGCCUCGUCUCACAAACAACGAGACUAGCCAACGUUCUGGAGACAUUCCGUAUUGCCCGUGAGGCGGGACAGAUGGUGAAUCUUGAAACAUGGGAAGCACUACAACGACGAAGCACCCGAUUGGAAAACAUGAUCUGCUCUUUCAGCCUAGGUCGGACAAGAGCCGGGGUCCUGGAGCUCCACGCCGAUUCAGAACCGCACGGUCAUAUGGUGGCGGCAUUGAAUGCGGCCCUUGUGAUUUUCUUUUACAGGCGAAUCCGACAGACCCACCCGGCUGCUCUGCAGGGUCAUGUCGAUAGUGUGAUUGCAGCCCUUCAGGCAUGCACUGCGGCAUUGUCCCAAGAUGAUCCCACUGGACCCGGAACGGCGUGGCCAUUGUUUAUGGCAGGGUGCGAGGCAAUGUCAAUCGCAAGGCGAGAGGCGAUCAUGAGCAUGUUGGAUAGUGCGAGCUCAGUCUGUGGAUUUGCCGCUUUUGGUACAGCUAGAAAUAUUAUUACGGAAGUGUGGCGCAAGCAGGACGAGCAUAUGACUGCAAACCGGGGUGAGUCAAUGCCUUCAUGGUUUGAGAUUUUGAAGCAAGGGCAGACAUGGCCCCUGUUUUGUUGA